CCGGGGGUGGAUAAGACACCGCGUCCCCUCCAAUUCCCCUGCCACCUCCCUGUCCACUGAGGAUCCCCUUCCAGCUUGUCCACCCAGGCAGGGCGAGCCCAGAGGGGACUCCUGGUCCCAGCUUCUUCACUGACACCAGGGCUCCAGCCAUCUGGAGAAGCUCCUAGAUCCUGUCCCCCUUUUCUCUGAGGGACUCUUUUUGGUGACCACAAAAGGAUUUGGUCACUUAGGACAAAGCUGCCAGAGAACUUGUAUGGUUGUCAGGAGCUCUGGACGACGGCUGGAGGCCGACAGAGUCCCUACAGGUGGUACCCAGGGUGAUGCACUGACAAUGAGCGGGUGUUUUCCAGUUGCUGGCCUCCGAUGCCUGUCUAGGGUCUUGGAUGUGCCAGCGCCUCUGGCCAUGGCCCGCUAACCAGCAUCUCCCGGGCCGGCCCCCGCCGCGCCCCCUCUCGCUUGCUCCCUCCUCCUCCUCCUGCUCCUCCCCCCCCUGCUCCCAGGACGGCGGGAUGGCCGCGCAGGGCGCGCCGCGCUUCCUCCUGACCUUUGACUUCGACGAGACGAUCGUGGACGAAAACAGCGACGACUCGAUCGUGCGCGCCGCGCCGGGCCAGCGGCUGCCCGAGAGCCUGCGGGCCACCUACCGCGAGGGCUUCUACAACGAGUACAUGCAGCGCGUCUUCCAGUACCUGGGCGAGCAGGGCGUGCGGCCGCGGGACCUGCGCGCCAUCUACGAGGCCAUCCCCCUGUCGCCCGGCAUGAGCGACCUGCUGCAGUUCGUGGCCAAGCAGGGCUCCUGCUUCGAGGUGAUCCUCAUCUCGGAUGCCAACACCUUCGGCGUGGAGAGCGCGCUGCGCGCCGCGGGCCACCACGGCCUGUUCCGCCGCAUCCUCAGCAACCCGUCGGGGCCCGACGCGCGGGGGCUGCUGGCGCUGCGGCCCUUCCACACGCACAGCUGCGCGCGCUGCCCCGCCAACAUGUGCAAGCACAAGGUGCUCAGCGACUACCUGCGCGAGCGGGCCCACGACGGCGUGCACUUCGAGCGCCUUUUCUACGUGGGCGACGGCGCCAACGACUUCUGCCCCAUGGGGCUGCUGGCGGGCGGCGACGUGGCCUUCCCGCGCCGCGGCUAUCCCAUGCACCGCCUUAUCCAGGAGGCGCAGAAGGCCGAGCCCAGCUCCUUCCGCGCCAGCGUGGUGCCCUGGGAAACGGCCACCGACGUGCGCCUCCAUCUGCAACAGGUGCUGAAGACGUGCUGAGGACGGCGGCCUGCAGGGGGCGCCCGGGCGGAGGAGGGGGGUGGGGUGGGGGGAGAGCGGGAAAGACAAACCUAGUUUUAUUACUCCCUUUUCCCUUUGGCUUCGGUAUGUCCCUCCGGGAAUUUCGGGGAUUCCGGGCUCGUCCCCCCGGGGGCUGGGGGAGGGAGUUCGGAGCCGUCCCUAUCUAUGCAGUUAACGCAGCGCGGCUGCCUGCCCCUUUUGCACUGCAGCGUUUAAUUCUGGAGUCUGGCCCCACCGAGGGGGUGCGCAUACCCGGGAAGGCAGCGGUGUUUCCAAAAUCCUUGUCCUCCGAAUUGGGAGGAAGGGGUUCCCUGGCAGGGGAGAAAGGCACAUCUCCCGCUGCUUUAACUGCUCCCUUGAGCUGCGGAACCUUCCCAUCCCCCUUUCUUCUGUUAAGGGAACUCCCGACCCGAAAGCCUCCGGGUCGCGCCGGAAUCCCAGCGGAGAGAGACGAGGCUCUCCACCGACAGCCUCAGGCCUAGGUCUUGCUUCACCUACCGCGUCUCCACACUA